AUGGUGCCAAGCCUUCCGUACGAAAUUCUUCACCGCAUUGCAAUUAAUUUCAAAGGAAGCAACAUACUCAAAUACGCCUUAGUUUGUAAACAGUGGAAGGAGCCAUUUCUGCACGUACUUUGGUACUCUCAGAGAGUUGAUAAAAGCUCUGUGAAUAAUAUAUGUGACAAAUCAUACCAAGGGUACAUCUACCUCAGGAAUGCACAUCGUAUACGGGAGCUGCGUAUGGAAGAUCCAGAAUUAGACGACGUGAAUUAUAUAUCAGCAAUACAGCAAAUUUACUACAACAUAAAUCGACUUGAUUAUUUGGAAACCUACCAAAAAGGCAGACUAUAUCAAUUAAUCGAUUGGAAUCGUUGGACGUCCUUAUCGCAUCUGAAAAUGAGACUUUUUCGCAGAACCUCGAUUGUAUUGAAAGAUUUUUUUACGAGUCUGACUGUAUUGACAAGCCUUACGACCUUGUCACUAAAGGCAAACGUAGUAAAAAGUAGCGAUAAAAUACGUUUGACAGUUUCGUGGCUGGAUAUUGAGUCACUUCACCUUAAUUUACCACUGCUGACAGACCUAGAAGUUGAUUAUACCCUUGAGCCAAUAUCAGAUGACGAAUUGGAUAAAAUACGAUGUCUUACCCCUGCAAAAUCUGUUAAAGCUAUAUCCUAUAAUCAUAAAUAUAUCGACGCUCUCUGGGUAUUGUAUUUUGCACUCAAAUAUCCAGAUAUAUCCAAGCUUGCGUUCACUCCCAGUUCUUUGCGUAAACAGCUAAAUACAACAGCGUAUGAUCAGAAACGCCAUCUAGAUGACAUCAAAUUACUAUCAACGCUUGACCAAUUUUUCCCUCAUCUAAAAACGAUCACCACACCCAUUGCUAGUCACAAUGGAUGGCCGAUGUCCAUAUUCUACGACACUCUUCAAAAGUCUGGAAUAAACACAAAACGCUUAGAGGUUUACAUCAACGCAUCUCAUUUAAAUUCGCAGGACGGCUUUAAUGCGUGCUUGAAACCUAUAUCAGAAUCGCUUGAGAUUUUAUGGCAGACUGCAUCCUAUUCUACGUCUGGUAAGAACUUUACAGACGAAUUCGCUUUAUACCCCAAUCUAGUUGAAUUGUAUAUGGGCAUCGACUGGCAGAUGGAUAUAGACAUUAUUCUGGAUAAUUGCCCAAUAUUACGAUCACUAUAUUUAAGAAAGUUCUGUAUAAACCAAUCCAAAAAAACGCAACAGAGCUCCAACCAUAGUCGCAACCAUGGCCAGCACCCUUUACAAAAACUACAGAUGACUUCUACCAAAAUAAGUAUCGAUGCAUUCAAAUAUCUUUUUAUCCGUUGUAAAAAACUGUCUCUCGUGAAAUUAGAUGAAGUUGGUUUUACUGAAUCCAAUUUUGAGGAAACCGGACAAGUGCUUCUUGACAUGUGGUCUUUUCAAUUGGACACACUGAUACUUUAUAAUAUUAAGAUAGGAGCCGAUGUUAUCAAAUAUUAUGUAAUUGAACAAUUGGAUACCACUCCUGCCAGUGGUACUGCUACUGAUGGCCGUGAGCUUGAUACAGACUGUCAGGAGCAACCGAUUCGUUCAAACUGGUAUCAUGUAUGCUUGGACGAGAAUAACUCGAAAAGAAUAGUUUCCUGGGAGCUUGGGGUACCCGACAUUGAAUACUUUCAGGAAUAUUACAGAGACUUUAAGCGCAGGAAGAUGGAAGACGAAAAGACCGAAGAAAAGGGUGAUAAGUUCAAUAACUAUGUACCAAAAAGAUCCUGGAAGAAAAAUCUUGGAGAAGGUUCCUUGGUAUUUCGUAUGAGAUCUAUCAAUAGCUAUUUUCUUUACGACAAAAAAUAUAGGGUAUUUAAACGUAUAAGGCAACAAAAGUACCGAGAGCAUCUAUUAAAGUAUGUAAGAGAAAAGUGGUGUGUCCCAAUAACAUAUCUCAGAAUAAGGAUGAAUAUGAGGGUUCUCAAGUGCAUGCUAACAAAGUAUGUUACGCAGAAUGAGAAAGUCAAUAAAGUCAUUUUUCGUAACAUGAUAGAAAGUGAGUUGUUCCGAGAAAGCUUCACUACAAUCCUCGACACACUUCAUAUUAAAGAAAUCUAUCAGAAGAAUUUCAAUCGUGUGUGGGCGCUGAGUAUUGAAAAGCCAGAACAUGAUCCCAAAAAAUAUAUUCCAGUAUUACAACAAAACUUUUCUAGGAUAAGAUACCUUCUCUAUAAUGAAAACAAUGAAAGAAGCCAUAUAGUUUCAGAAACAAUUGAUUGGAGUCUUUGGAAGUCAUUGACACAUCUCGAGAUACGCUUAAAGAGUGGACUAUUUUUAUUUGAAGAAAUUUUUAAAAGACUAUCGAUCUUUCCAGGCCUUAUUUCUUUUGUAAUUCGCCCAGUAGCCUCUUACGAAAACUGUGGUCCUUUGUUUUUGUGGACAUGCUUUGAGCUACUUCACCAGUCCUUACCAAAGUUGGAGCAUCUUGAACUAUACUAUGCUCUUGCGCCAGUACCAGAAUACGAUUUUGAAGUAAUGAAAAAUGUUAUCCAAGCAUCGAAUAUGACGAAGAUCUCAUUUAAUAUGAAUUACCUUGAUACUUUUUGGAUAUUUUACUUUGCACGCAAGUAUCCAAACUUACUAUAUUUUUAUGACAUAAAAAAUUGUCCUGACCAAGCAUCAAAAGACAUCUUUUACGACAAGCAACAGUAUCAAGACCAGCUAAAAUUACUGUCAACGGUUGAUGAAUUCUUUCCUUUGCUGAAGAAAGCGAAAACAGAUUACACUACUUUCAAUGGGUGGCCAUUUUCUAUAUUUUACCAGACUCUUCAUCACUUUGGAUCUAAAUUGGAACACAUUGAACAUACAACAUCUAGAAGAGCUUACGAGCUGUCAUAUUCCGACGAUUGUAUCAAACCAAUAACUAAUCGGUUAAAGUAUAUGACCAUUUCGGGUGAUCACUUUCCAAGAGUCAGACGAUACCAAUCCCUUUCUAGUUUUUAUCCGAGACUCGGUUACUUGUGCAUAAAAGAUGCGUUUGUCGAUUUUGAAAAUAUCUUUGAAAAUUGCCAUGUAUUAAGAUCAUUACGCCUAUAUAAAUGCCGUGUUUGGUCAUUUACUAAUGAGGAUUAUACUUACACGCCAUAUUCGCAAGACCCGCCACAUCCAUUGCAAAACCUAGAGAUUAUAUCUACAGAGGUCACCCCUAACUUGGUUAAAUACAUUUCAUUCCGUUGUCAGCAGCUCAAGUUCCUGUUUUUGACAAAUUUUUUGUAUGAUUAUCGGCCUGGAAAAAACAUUGCUCAUAAUAUGUUCGAGAUGCCUUUUACACAACUAGAGACAUUAAUUGUUUGCCAUAAAAUAGAAGGAGAUAAUAUUGUAAAGUUUUGUGGGAUUGAGCAAAUGGAGAAUUCUGAUAUAAGUUUACUAAGUCUAUAUCAAGGCAACGAAGAAGAAUCAUCUCGAUCAAACUGGUACCAUUUGUGCUUGGACAAAACAAACCGAAAGCCAAGGUUUAUUCAGUGGGAGCUCGGUAGACGUGAUGUUGAGUUUGCUAAGAGAUAUUAUUGUAAACGCCUAAAGGGCAAAAGGAUGAAACAAAAGAUACGGAAAGACAUGAAGAUAUAUGGCAGCUAUUACGAUGGUAUGGGAUAUAUAGCAAGACGAUUUUGGAAGAAAGAUCUGGAGCACGGUAUCUUUUUAUUUCGUUUAAAAUCUGUUCAAAGACAUUUUCUAGAUUUUAAGGAUGGUGCUCUUUUAAGAAAAAUAAGAAGAGGUGAUGUGAUUAAGGAGCAGUCCUAUAGUUACUGGAGAUAA